UGGCUUGUGCAUGGGCGUACGAAGAAGAAUAUUGAAUCCUUUCUCAAGUGUGAAAACUCAAUGUUUUGUUGUAAUUGUAUUUGAAUGUAGCUGGUUCCUUUGUUCAUACCUAUUCCAAUCUGCACCAUCAUUUCUUCUUCCUCACCCAUUACAGAUAAAUACCAAAACCAAAGAAAAAGAAAAAUUCUAGAAAGAAACGCAACUUUUCCCAUACCUCACUCCAAUGGCCACGCGAAAGCUGAUUCGCGAUUUCUUCCUCUCCAAACAAUCACUUCUUCUUCCUUCGCCUCACCACCGCCACCAGGGUUGGAAUAGGAAUAGAAGGUUACUUCUGGGCUGGGAAGAUAGACGUAGAUACAGCGUCUUCAAUGACUUCUCGAACAAGAUUAAAGGCGAAGCUGUUAGAAACCAAGAAUUCCAACAGUCUGUCAAGGAGCUGAAGGAAAAAGCAGAUGAGCUUAAAGGGGUAAAAGAAGAGCUAAAAGAAAGAACAAAGCAGAAAACUGAGAAGCUGUACAAACAAGUGGACGAGGUUUGGACGGAAGCUGAAGCUGCGGCAAAGAAGGUUUCUUACAAUGUUAAAGAGAAAAUUUCAGCUGCAACUGAGGAGGUGAAGGGAACUUUUGGGAUAGGAAAGCAGGAAUCUUCUGGAUCAACUGAUUCUUCAACCAAACAGGGUGCUGAUGUAAAUGGAGAAAAUAAGACAUCAUCCCAGGAAGAGCAAACCCAGCAAUCUGGAUCUAGCAAUGCUACAGAUUCAUUGUUUGGGAAAUUUAAAUCAACUAUUUCCUCUCCAAAUAUUUCUGCUGCCUUCCAAAAAUUAAAGGAUGCAAAGAUAGUUGACAUAACCAAGAAAAGUUAUGACAUAGUAAAAGAGGAGUUAAGCAGUACUCCAACAAAGAGAAAGCGAGUUCCUUUUGCAUCAAGUGGUGAAACAAGUACAAGAACAGACCUUGUUGUUAUGCCAUCUAAACAAUCUUGGUGGAGUAAGAAAUUUGAUGAGUUCAGGGAGAAGGUGAAAGGCCAUCCAGUAUCCAAGCGGUUCCUUAAGUAUAGUGACCCAGUGAAGACAAAGGGCCAGGAGAUAGUAGAGGACUUGCGCGAAAGAUAUGAGACCAGUGAUAGCCCCAUUGUUCACAAAAUACAGGAUAUCAAUGAUAGUAUGUUUCAAGAGACAGAUGCUGCAAUUUCUUACAAGGAAAUACGUCAACGGGAUCCUUAUUUCUCAUUACCAGAAUUUGUUGUCGAAGUACAGGAGGCAAUAAAACCAGUGCUUAAUGCUUACAUCAAGGGAGAUGUUGAAACAUUAAAGAAGUAUUGUAGUCCUGAGCUGGUUGAACGCUUGAAAGCAGAGCGUCAUGCUUACCAAAGUAAUGGCAUAUUCUUUGAUAACAAGAUUCUGCAUGUAUCUGAUGUGGAUGUAAGAGAGACCAAGAUGAUGGGUUCAUCUCCAGUGAUUAUUGUAAUGUUUCAAACACAGCAAAUCUACUGUGUACGUGAUAGGAAUGGGGCAAUUACGGAAGGAGGCAAGGACACAAUCCACACUGUAUUCUAUUUUUGGGCAUUACAACAAAUGGAUCAAGAAGAUCGUGGGGAAGAUGGCAUUUACCUAAUGUGGAGACUAAGAGAGAUGCAACAGCAAGGCAUCCAAGCCCUCAUCUAGUUUUUGACAUGACUUCCUUAUCCAGGGAUUUGUAUAAUUGAGCCUUUAUAUUAUUCUAUACUCUACCUCUGAUUUUUUUCUUGGGGCCAAGUUGUUGUAUCCCGGUGAUUAAAUCCAAUAGUUUUUUUUUUCACAUACUAACUAGAAAAAUAAUUUGCACUUGAGUUCAUUGUUUUAUGUUACCUGAGCUGGGGCAACGGUUUUACUCUGCUCGCAACCCAGAAAUUGUUAAUAUAGUGGAGACAUUAUUUGUUUCUUUAAAAA